UCUGUCAAACGUUUGUGCGACCCUUCUAACAAGCAUGGCUUCCAACGUGCCAGUCAAGAAAAGCAGGCUGGGGAAAAACAAGAAGAAAGCAUGGAAGGCAAUAGAUGUAACAGAAGUCGAAGAUGUUAUGGAAGACGAACGAAUGCAAGAAAGAACUGGUGGUCUUGUUGCAGAGAAGGCAGAUGACCAGUUGUUCGUGGUUGACAAAGAUGCUUUUGAUCCCAAGGAAAAUGACUCAAAGUAUCAAAAGAAAAACAGAAAAAGAGCACUGAAGUGCCAUUCCAGCCUAGAACCUGACCCCAACAUAAAGGCUAUAUCUAUCUCCCACAAUAUAAGGAAAAUACAACCCGAAGUAGAAAGACUAAGCAGAAAGAUAAAAAGUGGUAAACAGACAUUAACAGAGAAACAAGCAGUAAAACAGCGUAAAACAAGAAACCAACAAAGGGCAGAGGCCCGCAGAAACAAAAAUAAAGUACCGGUAGCCAACUAUGACUUGUGGGAGACAGAUGUAAAUGAUGACAACAGGAAUGAAGACCCCCAUUACUGUGUGGUCACAAAGAGGAGAAGAAUCAAUGUACCUAAACACUACACUGAGAAGCCAUCAGAAGUAUCCAGUGUACAAGUCCCUGACCCUGGAGCCUCCUACAAUCCCUCAUACGAAGAUCAUCAGAACUUGCUGGCCAAGGCCCUUGAUGUAGAGGUAAAGCGAGAGAGAAAAGAGCGGAAACUUUACAAUGCUGUAGAAGCUAAGUUCAGGACAAUCUCCGCAACAGAGCUAGAGGAGAAUCUUAGAGCUGAAAUGACGUCAGGACUGAACGAGGAAGAGGAAGAGCAGGUUGAGUUUACGGAGGAGGAGCUUGAAAAACUGUCUGUGGCUCCGCCCAUCCGCAGGGAGGACAAGAAAACCAAAGUCCAGAGAAACAAGGAGAAAAGUAAUAAAGAAAAGGAACACAGUAAACUAAAAGAGAAAUCAGUUAAAUCAAGAGAAAAGGAAUUCUUCAGAUUAAAGGGCAUCAAGGCUGAAAUAAAGGCAAGGGAGAAGGACCUGGCAGGGAGGGCGAAACUUAAGAAAGAACGACAUGAAAAUGAAGGCAUGAAUACUCGAAAGUUGGGGAAGGUCAAAUUUGAAGAAGCAGAGAUUGAAAUAAAAUUAAGCGAGGAACUGGCUGGGCCUCUCAGACUUCUGAAGCCAGAAGGACAUUUAAUGGUUGACAGAUUUAAAAGUUUACAGAAAAGAAAUGUGAUUGAACCAAGACUUGAAGCCAGCAAGAAGCAGAAAUAUAAACCGAAAAAAUUCAUGAAAAAAGGAUACGAAAUAGAAGAAAUGGG